CAAUCGGAGAGGAGAGACGGAGGGAGAUACGUUCCGCUCAAUCAUCUUCCUCGCUCUUCUUCGUCCACAGCGUCCCUUUCGUGUGCGACGAUCUUACUUCGAGAUCAUGUUGGAAGAUUCAGGAGUCUGCUGUGAUGCUAGUAUUCCUUCAUUGACAGCUCUUGAUCGGCAGCCCCUCCUCAAGAAUAUUUGUCUGUUCACCCUAGUAGCAACUAUGGCUUAUGCAGGUAUUGGUUUUCUUAGGGAUGGAGUUGAUGAUGUUUGGGUAAGUAUGUGGUUUUAAUUGUAUACGGUAGAGUUGUAAAUGGCUAGUUGAGCACUUGAGCUACUCUGAUCCCUUUAAUUUGAUAAACAUUGCUGACUUACAUACUGCGAAACAUUUCUCUAUUCUCCCCCUUUAUGUAGAAGCAUGAGUCGCUCCUUCAUCAAAGCUCUUACCUUCUGCUUGCUGGAAACUUGUGAUGGUAGAGAGCUAGGGUCCCUCUCAUUAAGUGAAGAAAACGGACGUGGCUUGGAAAUCUUUUGGAUAGGUGUGAAGGUAAAUGGACUGGACCCCUUAAUAAAUGGAGAAGAUGACCAUUCUCAUAAGACUUGGACAGUAGCUCCUUUACCCCAAUUUCUACCAACAUCAAUCAACCAUCCGUCCGUGUAGUUUAGGAUUAUUCCUAAAGUGAGACUUAAUAGGUUUUGCUAAAAGUUUGUAUACAUCGAGUAUGUUAUUAAUUAAUAAUCAUUUGUAAUCAUC